CUGGUUUUCCCUGCGCAGACACAGAGUGACACAGAGUUCUUUUGGUUUUCCUUCUCUGUCACAUAAGCAGAGAUUUCUUGCUCGUAGUUUGACUCUUAAAUCAGAGACAUGUCUGUUGACAGGGUCCACUCGGCUUUACCUGACCCUCCACUUCAGAGCGAAGAAGAGAACAGAGAGGAGGAGAAGGCUUUUGGGAAUGCCUUUGCAGAGUUAGAAUCUGUGGACCUGCCUCUGGGAACCACCUUAAGGUCAAUUUACGAUGAUCAGCCCAACGCCCACAAACGCUUUAUGGAGAAGCUGGACGCCAGGAUAAGGAACCAUGACCGUGAGAUCGAGAAGAUGUGCAAUUUCCACCACCAAGGUUUUGUGGACGCCAUCACAGAGCUCCUCAAAGUUCGUGCUGAUGCAGAAAAACUGAUGGGCCAGGUCACAGACACUAAUCGGAGACUACAGGAGGCUGGACGGGAGGUGACAGCUCAAACAGAGGAGGUGAUUCGCUGUCGCAUCCAGCAGAGGAACAUGGCCACUACAGUGGAGAAGCUGCAGCUCUGUAUACCAGUGCUAGAAAUGUACAGCAAACUGAAGGAGCAGCUGGAAUCCAAAAGAUAUUAUGCUGCACUGAAAACCAUGGAGCAGUUGGAGAAGGUCUACAUUCCCAGGGUCAGUCAUUACAGGUUCUGUCAGAUCAUGGCUGAAAACCUGCCCAGACUCCGAGAGGAGAUCAAGGAGAUCUCCAUGUCGGACCUCAAGGACUUCCUGGAGAGCAUCAGGAAACACUCGGACAAGGUUGGAGAGACUGCCAUGAGACAGGCUCAGCAGCACAGAACUUUUAACAGCGCAGUAGCCAAACAGGCCAGCACGGGCCACUACACCAAGCCUAUGUACUCGCUCAACGGACGAACACACACCCACAACGGCCUCAUGAUCGAGGAAGACUCAGGAGAGGAGGAGGAAGCUGAUGAAGAGGUUCUAACAGCUCAGGACCUGGUGGACUUCUCACCUGUCUACAGGUGUUUACACAUUUACACAGUGCUGGGAGAUCGGGAAACAUUUGAGAAUUACUACAGGAAGCAGAGAAAGAAACAGGCCCGGCUCGUUCUGCAGCCUCAGGCUAACAUGCAUGAGACAGUGGAAGGCUACAGAAGAUACUUCAAUCAGAUUGUAGGUUUCUUUGUAGUGGAGGACCACAUCCUUCAUGCAACACAGGGGCUGGUGACCAGAGCUUUCACCGACGAACUUUGGAACAUGGCGCUGUCCAAGAUCAUCGCUGUGCUCCGCACGCACUCUUCAUACUGUGAGGACCCAGACCUGGUCCUGGAGCUGAAGAACCUCAUCGUGAUCUUUGCAGACACACUACAGGGUUAUGGGUUCCCAGUGAAUCGGCUGUUCGACCUGCUGUUCGAGGUCAGAGACCAGUACAAUGAAACUCUGUUGAAGAAGUGGGCGCUGGUUUUCAGGGAGAUCUUUGAGUUGGACAACUACAGUCCAAUCCCAGUGGAGACAGAGGAGGAGUAUAAACAUGUAGUCAGCCGCUUCCCAUUUCACGAUACUGAGAUUGAGAAGCAGCAGGACUUCCCUAAGAAGCUGCCCAUGUCUCAGUCCGUCCCUCAGAUCUACACACAGGUCAAAGAGUUCAUUUACGCCAGCCUGAAGUUCUCUGAGUCACUACACCGCAGCUCAACAGAGAUCGACGACAUGUUGAGAAAAUCAACCAACCUGUUGCUGACCAGAACACUCAGCAGCUGUCUGCAGAACCUCAUCAAAAAACCUCACAUAGGACUAACCGAGCUUGUGCAGAUCAUCAUUAACACCACCCACCUGGAGCAGGCCUGCAGGUAUCUGGAGGAGUUUAUCACAAACAUCACCAAUGUCUCCCCUGAAACCGUCCACACCACAAGACUCUACGGCUUGUCCACUUUCAAGGACGCUCGUCACGCUGCAGAAGGAGAGAUUUACACCAAACUUAACCAGAAGAUUGACGAGUUCAUCCAGCUAGCAGACUAUGAGUGGGGCAUGGCGGAGUCGGAUGGUCGAGCCUCUGGAUACCUCAUGGACCUGAUCAACUUCCUGCGCUCUACUUUCCAGGUCUUCACACAUCUCCCGAAUAACAACAAUGACCAUGCAUCGAUGUCGGGUAAAGUGGCCCAGACAGCUUGUAUGUCAGCCUGCAAGCAUCUUUCCACAUCACUGAUGCAGAUGCUGCUGGACACAGAACUCAAACAGAUCAGCAUGGGGGCCAUUCAGCAAUUCAACCUAGAUGUCAUUCAAUGUGAACUGUUUGCCAGUUCUGAGCCGGUCCCUGGCUUUCAAGGAGACACGCUCCAGCUGGCCUUCAUCGACCUACGACAGCUCCUUGACCUGUUCAUGGUGUGGGAUUGGUCGACUUACCUGGCGGACUACGGCCAGCCAACCUCCAAAUACCUGAGAGUGAACCCGGCUACAGCCCUGGCUCUGCUGGAGAAAGUCUACAGAGGGAUGAAGGACACGAGUAAGAAGAACAACAUCUUCUCUCAGUUCAGGAAGAACGACAGAGACAAGCAGAAGCUGAUAGAGACUGUGGUCAAACAGCUGAGGAGCCUGGUCAACGGCAUGUCCUCCUAAACACACAGACACACACAGACACACACACACACACACACACACACACACACAGGAGUGAUGUUCACACGGGUCUCAAAGAAAUAAAGAUGGGAACAGGCAUGCAGUCACAUGCACACACUGAACUGCCAAGACUCUCCCAAAGGUAACACACCUUAUAAAACGAUGACACACGACGUAACAGUGACAGAUAAAAGAAUCACACAGGGAAUUUACACACACAGACAAAAGGGACACGCACACAUCACAUAAAGGCACAGCAAUACACACGAUGUACAAAGCAUGCAGGGAACACACACACACACACACACACACACACAGGAAGUCCUAUCCUCUCCUUACUGUUAUACCUGACUGAAUACUCCGUGUAAAUAACAAACACACACACACACACACACACACACACACACACACACACAAACGUCCAUCCACACACUUUCACACUUUCACAGGAUUGAACAGUAAAAUGUUUGUAAAGUAUUUUUAAUGGCGAUGAUAAGACAAACUAUGUUUUGUACAUCUGUGAGAGUGUAAUCAUUGAACCUGCAGGAAGAGACACUCGCAAGUACUGGGACAAUGAGGUCAAAGGUCAACCUUACUACGACACAUUUCGUUGUCCAGUCAAAAAAACUUUAUAGCUGUGUCCUAAUUUAGGGGCUGCAUUAUUCGUGGGGGGGGGGCAUUUGAAGACUGAUUACAUCACAGAGAUGUAUCGAAGGCUGUCACACUUUGAAGGCUCCUUCAAAUGCAUCCGCCUUUCCCCCGGGCAACGAAGGAUCCAUCCGGUGGCACCAUGCCAUCGUGGCUCGACAUAUCUAUAUUGAGACUAAAACCUCUUUUAGAAGAGAGCAGUCAAACCCAUUAAAGAACGCUGUAAAAUCACAAUUUCAAACAGGCUCUUGAUUGAACAGUGGCCUUUUAAGAAAAACGACUACAUGCCUUUGUGUCCACGUUCUUUAUGAUACUCUUAAAUUAACUCAGCAGUAUGGGUGACACUUUAGCUCUUCUUUAUGAUUCUCCAUUUUGUUUGUUUGUGCUCAUGACUCUUGCACGUGCAGAGCGCUCUGAGCUCUAAUUGGUCAUAGCACUGAUGUGAUGGAAUCAAACAUGUCAGACUUUCUGUGAGGAGGUCGUGAGGCGUCCCAGAUGUGGCCAUGUUUGUUCUUCAUUAUGACAUAUUACACGGGAUAAAAUGAUAAAAUGAUCAAUUUUCUGGGCUGACGGGUCCAACAACCGUACAGCUGCUGGUUCGGACUGUAAACAUUCUUAUAUGGUGUCUGACCUCGGCAUAAUCAGAAACUUAGGGCGCGGUCACACCAUCAAUCCGUACCGUGCUGUGCUUGACAACGGUCAAAUGAACUGGACUUUAGGGGUGAAGCUACGUGUGAGACAGCGCCCUUACAAAAACCUUUUCAGGUGGUAACUGGCAUGAAAACGUCUCACUGUUUCUUCCAGCAUCUCUCUUCAGACAUAUGGGUUUAAAAUGUGACCUGACAAAGAUGAACUGGCACUCAUUGUCCCCGUACUCGAGCUGUUUCUGUGUUCACGUGUGCAGAAAUGAAGGGAUGCUGAGGCCUUGGAUGGAUGGAUGGAUGGAUGGAAGAAGAGAUGAAUGGAUGAUGACGUCUCGAAAGACUGAUGUUCAUGAAAGAGUGAAGUUUUGUUGAACCCCGCGGUGGUUUCUCUCUCUGUUGUUUUUUUCCUUCCUCACAUUGUACGUUUGAAACAACCCAAACGAGACAUGACUGUCCCAGCCAGUAAACGCGAUUUAACUAUGAAGAGACGGAUAUGAAGGUGACCAUCAGAUUGUACUUGGAAUCUUCACUUCCUGGUUUCAGAUGUGAAUGUGAAAAAGGAGGCCAGCGAUCUAGAAAUGAAUUUGUUAUUUUCAUGUCACAAAACACACAUUUAUGCAGACAUGGGGCGGCUCAGUGAAGGUGGUUGUUCUUUAUUUGGCAAGACUGUGCAGGUGAUCAGUAAAGGCUCAGAGUUCUUCAGAGUGACCCAUGCAUGAAGCAAUCCUAAUUCAGGGUUUGCAUCAUAAGUCAAACAAAAAAUAGUCACCUCUCAUGUUGUUUGGAUACAUCCGGUGUGAAUGCAAGCAAAACACACAGCGAUGGGAGUGUGAGCACGGUAAACAGUCCGGGAACAUCAUUUAAAAAGAAAUCAUCUGACAUGUUUAUACCAGUUGGAGAUAGGGGUCUAAAGAUGGUCCUCAGGCCUUAACUCUUUCACAGAUUUUAUCCAUUAAUCUCCCUCCGGUUAGCUCACCUGCACUCAUUCAUAGCAGCCACGGCUCAGAUGUGAAGAAGGUGGUAUCAGGUCAAACGUGCCGCCUUCCUCGUCUCACUUCAAAUCCUCCGUUUUUAGAGUGAAGUACUUUAUUUAUGUGAUUUUAACUACAGUUACGUCUUACAACUCUCUCAAACUACUUCAUUCAUACAAGAGAACUUCUGGAAUGAUGUUAUUAGUGAUUAUUUACACAUGCUAUAUAUUUAACAGUUCAAUGACUCGCAGUCUAAUUAUUCUUUCUUUUUGUUCCUCAGGGUGAAAUUAAGCUUUAGAAUCUCAUAACCCACAUACAGUUUAUCCACAAAGCACAGCAAUAAUAAUGAAUUGGUUCCUUUGCAGCCUCGAGGCAGGCCGCCUCUUACCUAAAACCUGCACGUGACUCCUGAUGACAAACGUUUUAUAACGAGACUGUUUCUAUUCUCUUUGUGUUUGGAGUCCGUGCUCCACUUUCAGCAGCAUUUUUGCACUGAAACUGAUUGUUGUUGUUUUUUCCUUUAUUCUUUUUUUUCUUUUUUCUUUUUCUUUUUUUUAGAGUUGCUUGUAAAUGCCACUGUAUAUACUGCAUAUUUUGUAAAGAAUAUCACAGCAGCGCGUCUGCUACAAACAGAACUGGAGGUUGACAUUGUGACAUGUAAGAUUAGAAUGUGUUGCUUCCUUGGCGAGCAGCUAGACUGUGUGAGGAGCUCAGUGAUUGGUACCUUCUCUCCUCUCAUUUGCAUGGUUACCAUACAAAAUAUGCUUUAUUGUGUUCAAGCAUAAACCCUGUGUAAAAAAUGUGAAGUAUGUAAAUACAAAUACAAAAGAUUUCAAGUGACUGCUUAUUGGUAUUAUCCAAAAUAAAGGACGAUUCCAAAUAG